AGUUAUAAAACGAGAAUGGAAACUGGACCGUGGACAGAAUCCUUCAGGAGUUAUCCUGGCUUUGGUCCACUGGUGAAUACAUUUCUUCUCUUCCCCUCUGAUGGGUUUUGGAGUGCUUAUUCCAGAGAGAUUCCUGAAACACUGUCAGCUAAACCCAACAACAAGGAAGAAAAUAAGAACCUAAGUUGAUGCACACAUUGAACACACACAUGCUAAGAGACUUGCUGCUAGGGGUGGCUUGGAGAGCUCACGUUCUGCUGACAAGGCCUUUUGGGUUUUGCAGGUUACCAUGGCAUCCAGUGUCGUCAUGAAGGCUCCCAUCUGCCUAGUGGAAAACGAAAAUGAUGAGCUGAGGGUGAACCCCAAAGCAGUAAACAUUCUUGAGAAGAUUACUCAGCCCGUGGUGGUGGUGGCCAUUGUCGGACUGUACCGUACGGGGAAGUCCUACCUGAUGAACCGCUUGGCAGGACAGAACCAUGGCUUCAACCUGGGCACCACAGUGAGGUCUGAAACUAAGGGCAUCUGGAUGUGGUGUGUGCCUCACCCCAGCAAGCCAAAAUUCACACUUGUGCUUCUGGACACAGAGGGCUUAGGUGACGUGGAAAAGGGUGACUCUAGGAAUGACUCGUGGAUCUUCGCACUGGCCGUGCUUUUGAGCAGCACCUUUGUGUACAACAGCGUGGGCACCAUCAACCACCAGGCCCUGGAGCAGCUGCAAUAUGUGACUGAAUUAACACAGCUAAUCCGGGCAAAGUCCAGCCCCAGAGAGGAUAGAGUAGAGGACUCCAGUGAGUUCGUGGGUUUCUUUCCAGACUUCAUCUGGGCUGUUCGAGAUUUUGCUCUGGAGCUGAAGUUAGACGGACGCCCCAUCACAGCAGAUGAGUAUCUGGAGAACGCCCUGAAGCUGAUCCCAGGAAACAAUCUCAAAGUCCAAAAGUCCAACAUGACCAGAGAAUGUAUCAGAUUUUUCUUUCCAGUACGGAAGUGCUUUGUCUUUGACCGACCUACAAAUGACAAAAAUUUAUUACUCCAAAUUGAAAAAGUUCCAGAAAACCAACUGGAAUGGAGUUUCCAGGUUGAAUCAAAAGAGUUCUGUUCCUACAUCUUCACCAAUGGAAAGAGCAAGACCCUGAGAGGGGGAAUUGUUGUCACAGGAAAUCGUCUGGGGAUUCUGGUUCAGACCUACGUAGAUGCCAUCAACAGUGGAACUGUGCCUUGUUUGGAGAAUGCAGUAAUGACCCUGGCCCAGCUUGAGAACUCAGCUGCUGUGCAGAAGGCAGCUGAUCACUACAGCAAACAGAUAGCCCAGCGAGUGAGGCUCCCCACAGACACGCUCCAGGAGCUGUUGGAUGUUCAUGCAGGCUGUGAGAAGGAAGCCAUUUCUCUUUUCAUGGAGCACUCCUUCAAGGAUGAUGAGCAGGUGUUCCAGAGAAUGCUGGUGGCCACCCUAGAGGAAAGGAAGGAAGCACUCAUGCAACAGAAUGAAGCAGCAUCUCUCAGCCACUGCCAGGCUGAGCUGGAGAGGCUUUCAGAGCCCCUGAGGGAGAGCAUCUCAUGUGGAGCUUUCUCUGUUCCUGGGGGGCACAGCCUCUACUUAGAAGCCAGGAAGAUGGUUGAGCAGGACUAUGAGCGAGUGCCCAGGAAGGGAGUGAUGGCAAAAGAGGCUCUCAAGAGUUUCCUACAUUCUCAGGCUACUGUGGAGAACUCCAUCCUGCAGUCAGACAAAGCCCUUACAGAUGGAGAGAGGGCCAUAGCAGCUGAGCGGACAAAGAAGGAAGUGGCUGAGAAGGAACGAGAGCUGCUGAGACAGAAACAGAAGGAGCAAGAGCAAGUGAUGGAGGCUCAGAAGAGAAGCUUCCAAGAAAACAUUGAUAAACUUCAGGAGAAGAUGGAGACAGAAAGGAAGAUGCUGAUGAGGGAGCAGGAGAGGAUGCUGGAACACAAGUUGAAGGUCCAAAAAGAACUGCUCAUUGAAGGAUUCAAAGAGAAAUCUGACAUGUUAAAGAAUCAAAUAAGUCGACUGAGAGAAGAGAUUGAAAGAACUAGAGAGAACCGCUCACUGUUCUCGCAUAUCCUUGAUACAGCUGCCGAUGUGUUCAUUGCGGUUUUGCCAGGAGCUGGUAAACUAUGUGGUGCAGGGCUGAAAGUGCUCAGCUCACUUAUUCCAUAGUCUGAGAGUUACUGGGAAGGAACUUAUAAAAACCAGGCUUCUAUUAUUUUGAUACAAUAACUCUGUGCCUUGUUUUUAAAAUACGUGUGCUAGUUUGGUAUCAGAAUUCUCAUUAUUAGUUACAUAAUCAGAUGUUGCUUCAUUGUAAUUGAGAGUCAGUGUCAGUUCAUUGGCAGUUACAUUCUCAAGGUCCAAAAUGCAAACCAAUGGUUAAAGAAUAUGAGGUCUGUCAUCAUACACCCCAUGAAAUUUCAUUGACAUAAUAUAUAAUAAAGUUUGAAAACAGUCAUAAUAUAGUAAAUUUUUUUCUAGAAAAAAAUGUAAGUAAAUCAGAACGAAACAUGGCCAAAUGGAGAAACAUCGGCAACUGUAUCCUAAUUGUACGGAUAAUUUGUUGUGAAGAGCUCUUGUAAAAGGUAGCAAGUAGUUUCCAUAGGACAAAGUGUGAGAAGGAUGUUUGGUUGAUUGAUAAUAAAAAGCUGUUCAGAUUAAAAUUAUGAAGCAUUUG